UUGGGUUAUAGUAACGAAAAUACGUUCAAAGAAUUACUAAUUAGUUGGAAUCUAUUGCUUAGAAUUCAACAGGUGGUCAUGACGGAAUCCAAACCVAAUUCCUGGUGUGGACGCCAUGACAAGCCACGCGAGUUUGCCAAGCAUCAGCCCAUCAUAUGCUAUGACAAGCCGCCCUCCGCUCUUGUUUCUAAAGAAGAAUACGAUAAUAAGCGCUAUGAAGCGUUGACUGGCGAGCUCGUGGAGACAUUGGUGGUGCCCAAACGUGAGGCGCGCACCUGGACCAUGCAGACAGGUGAUCUGUGCCGCAUAACAGUGCACGAGGGCCCUCAGGUGGGGGAUGUCAAUUUCUGGAACUUGGAUAAUUGCCAAGAACGUUUCUAUUCGGGGAAAACGCGCCAGCUGCACGCAGCCCAUCUGAAGGUGUACGACAGAUUGUGGAGCUGCCUGCCCUACCUGCGCCCAAUGGCCACCUUCGUGUUCGACACCCUUGCCCAAUAUGGCAUCGAUGAGGAUGGCGGCGCACUGCACGAUGUUAUCGGCACUCGAUGUGAYGACUACACCUACAAGCUGAUCACCGGGCAAGAGCGUGUGGGCAGCUGUCACAGCUCCCUUGUCAAAGCUGUGGUGGAGGAGCGCGGCAUGACCGAGCAG